AUGCGGUGGGAUAUCCAUGGUGAAGCACACAUGUACGUCACCGAACUCAAAGUCAGGGUUGGGCGUCGCAAGACGGACAACUCCAUAGACGCGCUACGCUCUCGAGCUGCGCACUCAGUCCUGGAUUCGUGGAAUUCCACUUUCCAGGAUCCAACUUACCGAGGCUCUGAAUUCUUAGAGCUUCAACAGCCUGACGGGCGGCCGCUACAGCCAUCGUACCUCAACGGGGGACCUUGGCUUUCAACCUUCGGACACAGUAUAACUGAGUUCACCCGCGUUUGCCGGUGUAUAACUGGCCACGCGCCCAUUGGAGCGUAUUACCGUCGCUUCAAGAUCAAUGAGCCUCAUGGCUGCACUUGCGGGGCUGCUUUGCAGUCUCGCCAGCAUGUCCUCUUUCGCUGCCGCGAUAGAUAUUCUGUACACUAUCCCCGUUUUCUCGGGGAUCUUGCAUCGUUUAUGAAGUACAACCCUACGGCGUUUGGCUUCAACCGGGACCCGUCGGGUGUCGGAUAA